UAAAAUUUGAAAACUUUUAUAUAUCCUUUGAAAGGAGUUUCAACAUUCGUUUUUUAAAGAGGGUGGCAUUGGCUAACGCCGCCGGAUUGGAUAAGGCGAUGAGGUUUUUGAUUUAAUUUAAUUUUCCCGGUGGUGGGUCGCCGUCGCCGUCGCUUUUCUUUGAAGUAGUCGUGGGUAGUACGCGUGUACAUGGGACCAGAGAUGAUAACGAGGACGUGGAGUACUUGGGAGGAGCUCUUGUUAGGCGGGGCGGUUAUCCGCCACGGUACCCGAGAUUGGGACGUCGUCGCUUCGGAGCUCCGAACCCGAACCAUUUCUCCCUUUGCCUUGACUCCCGAGGUUUGUAAAGCCAAGUAUGAGGAUAUGCAACGACGUUACUCAGGUUGCAAAGCUUGGUUCGAGGAGUUACUUAAACAACGAAUGGCAGAACUCAGGCGAGCUUUAGACAAAUCCGAUGAUUCAAUUGGGUCUCUGGAAUCAAAGCUUGAAAGCUUAAAAGCUGAGAAACGAAAUGAUUUGAGGGUUGAUUACGAUUCCAGUCCUACAGAAUCAGCCUCACCAUGUCCUAAAUCCGAAGGAUUUGAGUUUUCCAGUAAGGAUGCAUAUAAGGAUGGUCUUUCUGCCUGUAGUUUCACACAGGAAGCCGAGACAAACUGGACACCUGAUUGUAAGACUCCGGCUACAGUUCCUGCUGAAGAGAUGGAUUCCAAGCCAGUAGGUGAUGCAUUGACCUCCGAGAGGGAUAAAUUUUCAAGCAUCGGUAAGCUGGUUGAUACCCUCUGUGGAGGACAGUUGCCAAGUAUACGGAAGAGGAGAGGGAAACGAAAGAGAAAGGAUUGCAGUAAGGAUGCCAAAGAAGGGAGUGUCGGGGAAAGCGAGUUUCUAUGCUCAAAUGAUGUUGCAAGUGCCUCGGAUUGCAAAGAAACUCCGGCUAGUAACUCUUCUCAGAUUGCCAAAAUUUCAGGUGUCGAGGAUCAGAGCGGAGGUUCAAACAAGGAAGGGAUUGAUGAUAUAAUGAGAAUAUUCAUUUCUGUCGCGGAGAAUGACUGUGCAUCCGUCUUUAGACGAAGGCUUGAUAGCCAGAAAAGAGGAAGAUACAAAAAAUUGAUCCUGCAGCACGUGGAUUUCGACACCAUUAGAUCAAGAAUUUCUGGUAAUUUGAUCUCUUCUGUUCGAGAACUCUUCCGUGAUAUGUUAUUGGUUGCCAAUAAUGCCUUGAUUUUUUACUCCAAGAACACUUGGGAAUAUAAAUCCGCACUACGUCUGAGACAUGUUGUCACUGCAACUUUGCGACAACAUUUCAACGAAUUCGGAGUUCCCAGCACCGCUGUUCCCUCCAGCAAGCCUAUGCAUAACCCUCCUGCAAAGCCCCGGAGUGUUUGUGCUGGUUACCUCAAACCGCUGGGGAAUGUGUCCAACGACGGGAAUCCCAUACUUGGGACUUCUCAUAAUGGGAGUAAAAGGACAACUAAAGCCGAUUCUCCUGCAUCGGUGGAGUCUUUGCUGUUACAAAGAAGGUUUCAGCUCCCCGGACAAGAAAUGUGGGCAGCGGACCGGCAAAUCAAAAGUCCGAAACUCGAACAAAUGGAAUAAAGACGACCCGAGCUCGGUGAUCAUGUUGUAUAAUGUAUGUCAAUCAUUUUCGUGUUCGAUUAUGAAACCCUGUUGUAGCCCAGUGUUCU